GUGUGUAGAUUGGUGAGAAUGAAUAUAUUUAAUCCAUUUUGAAUUCAGGCUCUAAAAUGUGGAAUAAGUCAAGGAGUAUAAAUACUUUCUGAAUGCACUGUAUAUGUUUGAACUGCUUUUUGAGGUUUGCUAACUAUUUUGCUGUCCAUAUUUACUGCCCUGGACAGUUGUUCUCUUCUUGGCACUCAGGUUUCCAUACCAUGUGGUCAUGAUGAAGCAAACAAUACUUUUGUACACUAUUUCUCGAAUGUGCUGGCUCACACUGAAACUGUUCCUGAACAGAUAAAAACGUUGCCUUGCCUUAAAAAUAGUGUGUUCACAGUAAAUUCAGAGUUAUCAAAAAAUGGAAGUGCCUUUUUUUAAAACUGUCAACUAACUGAACAGGUUGAUCACCGACUGACUAUUCAAUGUCUUCUGAGGUUCUGGAUUCACCUUGAGCUUGAAGCUCAUAACUGGAACAUGGCCGAUGACAGGCUUGAUGUCAGGAUUAAACAAAUGGUUUAACCAGUGCACUCCACCCGCCGCUCUAUGUCCUUAGAGGGUGGGAACCCUGUGAUAUGCUGAGCUCGUGUUGUUUUUAGCUUUCCUGUUUCCAUUCCCUCAAGCAAACUUUCACCCUGUCAGAGGGGUUUAAAACCUCAAGGAUCCUGGAUCCUAUUUGUCAUCCAUCUAUUCUAUAUGCGUGCCAGCGUCUGUCAGAGUAAGAUUAGGUAGAGACUAUUUUCCCAUGUCUUCCUAUUAUAAUUUACUAUAGGAUGACAUGCUGAAAUAAAACCACUAUCCACAUGUCAACAAAUGUUAAAUUAGGUUUGUGUACCUGACUCCAAAAGCUCAAUAUCUACUUAAGCAGGGCUGUUUUCUUUCCCUGCAAAGGAUUUUCUACAUGAUGUAAGCAUAUACAGUACAGCGUUAUAGGCUUAGUUUGUUAAAGGUGUUGUAGUUUGGUGUUUACUCCAGUGGAAAUGACACAGUACUGUACAUCCUGGUGAGAUUUACACAGUGUACGAAACAUUAGGAACACCUUCCUAAUAUUGAGUUGCACCACCAUUUGCCCUCCGAACAGCCUCAAUUCUUCAAGUCAUGGACUAUUAAAGUGUUGAUGGCAUUCCUCCAAUGCUUCCCACAGUUGUGUCAAGUUGGAUGCAUGUCCUUUGGGUGGUGGACCAUUCUUGAGACACAAGGGAAACUGUUGAGCAUGAAAUACCCAGCAGUGUUGCAGUUCUUCACCCUCAUGUCUCAAGGCUUAAAAGUCCUUCUUUAACCUGUCUCCUCUAUCUACUGAUUUUUAAGGGGAUUUAACAGGUUACAUCAAUUAGGGAUCAUAACUUUCACCUGGAUUUACCUGGUCAGUCUCUCAUGGAAAUGUUCCACUAGUCCACCUUCACUCUGGUUUGUCUGCAGCAGGGCCAUCUCAGGGUGUUGGCUCUAAGCUAGGUCACUGUGUUGUCUGGGUCUGUCCAUGCUUGCCAGCUCCAUCUCCCUAAUUACCCAGCCUGCUCCAGCAAGGCAGAGUGAGAGGCUUCUGACAGGCUGGUACUGUGGCAGCAGCAGCCUCUCUGCAUGGAGGCUCACUAGUGGAGGAGCAGGAACCUGUCUGGCCUAAGGUGACAAUCCCUAAGAGGUUAGCCUGGGACGGAGGUGCAAUGCCACAGGCUGCAGACAUGAUUAAUGUGGCCUUCCUGACUGACUCGGAGCAGGAGCUGAUCCUGGAGGUGCUGCGGAGGGACGAGGAACUGAGGCAGGCUGAGGAGCACCGUGUCCGGAAGCUGAAGACGGAGCUGCUGGACAUUAAGAGGAAGGGCGCCAAGCGUAGUAGUGGGAAGUACAGUGAGCACAGCUGCGGCCGCUGCCAGGAACCACUUGGUCCACUGUCUGCUGGCUCCAGCCAGUGUAGGGCAUGUAAUCACCAAGUGUGCCACAACUGCCGCGCAGUGUGCCCCAAUGGAUCCUGGAUGUGCAGUGUGUGUGCUAAAGAGGCUGAAUUAAAGAAGUGCACUGGAGACUGGUUCUAUGACCAGCGAGUCAACCGCUUCUUCUCCGCCCCUGGACACGACAUGGUGAGGACUUCCCUCAAAAAGAGGCCCCCAUUGAGGAAGAGGGAGAACAUGGGAGCGCUCCUGUUGAAGAGUACAGAGUUGAACCCCAGCCAGCCCACCACCCCUGUUCCCCGACCCAGACUGAGGGACCUAGCAGCCUCCAACAAGGAUCUGCUAGACGAAGUCUCCGAAGAAUCCGUGGGAGUUAAGACCAAGGAGCAGCAGGAGCAACAGCAGCACAGGGACACUGAGCCUGCAGAGAAAGCCAGCCUGAACAGUGUCAUGACAGACACUGAGUCCUCUCUUGGGACUCCUCUCUUACCAAGGAAGGAGGAGAGCACAGGUCAGUCUAGUCCAACAGGGUCCAGUAUGAAUGUUUUAGUCAAAGCAGACCUCGUCAGUAGCCACAGCUCCACCACAGACACGUCCUCCGUAGUAAAUUGUCGUAGUGUUAGUCCCGGCACGGGGUCUGUCGCAUUGGAAGAUGGCGGCCUGUUCAAGAAGAGUGUCAGACGAGUUCAGAAACCCUCCGAAUUCACAUCUGUGCUGGACCUGCGUGAGGAGGGGGCUGAGGCAUCAGAGGGCUUUAUGGGUGACCGGAGCAAGUCGGUGCCUGGGCUCAAUGUGCCAGAUGACGAGGAAGAUGAAGACAUUGAUAACUUGGUGAGCAUCCAUAGAAAGAAGGUGCGCUCAAGUACCUCAAAUCUUCGCGGUUCCAAGAGCACACUGGGCAGUCUGAUGAGUAUUUACAGUGAGGCAGGAGAUUAUGACAGCGUGGAGGUGAGCGGGGACAUUGUGUUCUCUAUCAGCUACGAUGACACCACCCAGAGCCUGGCCGUCCUCGUCAAGGAGUGUCACUCGCUGGCCCACGGGGACGCCAGACGCCAGCGCUCAAACCCGUAUGUCAAGUGCUACCUUCUCCCUGACAAGUCUCGCAUUGGCAAGAAAAAAACCAGCAUUAAACAUAACACUGUGGACCCCACUUACAAUGAGACCCUAAAGUUUCCCAUCAGUCGCUCCCAGGUGCUCAAUCGUUCCCUCCAGCUCUCCGUCUGGCACCAUGCCCGCUUGGGCCGUAAUGCCUUCCUUGGAGAGGUGGAGGUGCCUCUGGACUGCAGGAACCUCGACGCAGGCCACGAGGAGUGUGUGGCGAUCAUGGGAAAAGCGUCACCACUGCAGUCCUCUGCCUUCUCGCAGUACAAAGGAGAACUGCUGAUUUCCCUGAAGUACGUCUCGACCAAGAAAUCACCCACUGAAAAGACCAAAGGCAAGAGACUCUCUCUAGGAAAGAAGACGGAGCAGGGAGGGGAGUUGCACGUCUUGAUCAAAGAGGCCAAGAAUCUGACGGCAAUGAAAGCAGGGGACACGUCGGAUUCCUUUGUGAAAGGGUACUUGUUGCCAUCGAAGGCUAAGUCCACUAAGAGGAAGACUCCAGUGGUGAAGAAAACUCUGAACCCUCACUACGACCACACAUUUGUGUACAAAGACCUGACCCUAGACCAGCUAAGUGAGAUGUGGCUAGAGCUGACAGUGUGGGACCGGGAGGCCAUGUCCAGUAAUGACUUCCUGGGUGGUGUUCGACUCAGCACAGCCACACUGAAGGUUGGGAAGGAGGAAGUGGAGGUGGAUUCUACAGGGGAGGAGGUGACUCUGUGGCAGAAGAUGAUGCAAUACCCUGACUCGUGUGCAGAGGGCACUCUUCCAUUACGCUCCUCUAUGGGCAAGAGCAAGUGAAGACACCACACACUACCUCGUAACCUGAAAGAGCUAUGGACACAGGGCAAUCCCUCAACUUUAUCACCAUCAUUGUGUAAAAAAAAAAAAAGACUGUCAUAUAUACAGCUGUGUCUAACCGCAGGCACCAUUACGACACUACUGGCCUAAAACAAGUGAUUUGAAAGCAUAGUGUAAAUUCACCUGAGAGCUUCAGGUUUUUGAUAGAAGAGGUAUCAUUUCAUAUUUUUAAAUGUAAGGUUGUCUAACUAUACAAAUACAUUUUGAGAUCAACUGACACUAACCAAAGAGUUUAUCAAAUUGAACAACUCCUGUUUUAUCAUGUAUUUAUUGAGGCUGAAUUCUAUCCAUGUUCAGCAAACCACUCAUUAACUGUGGCGCUUCAUGGGGGUUGCUGGUGUUUCAGUUUCAGGCAGAAUCUCUGUUCCACUCUUAAGGCAUUGAACCAGUUUUGGUCCAUGUCACCUUGGGUUAUGAUUCAUGGUAAUUGAAAAACUACUGUGCCUGUGAUUUUAAAUAUUUAUGUAAAUAUUGCCAGUUGCACAAAGUGAGAAAUAAAAUUAGUCUCCUUCAACUUUUAUGCUCUUAUUUGAGUCCUAUGGCUGUAUCAAAUAUUUAAUUCACCUAAUAAAUAUAUGAAAUGACUAAA